ACGUGUUUCUGGCUUAGAUUUCAGAAAAUUUUAUUAUUUUAAUUUAUUACCAUAACACUAUAAGGCAUUAUCACAAUCAUAAUUAUACUAAACGGUUUACCAAAUUUAAAGUAAAUAUUCAAUUAAAGAGCGAAGUUUCCCAAUAUAAAGAAAUUAUCAUGAAUUGCUAAUAAACACUGAUACGUGUAGUUAAAUUAAAUUACCUAAUUGGACUUUUCUGAGUACGGCGAUUUUUUAACUAUCAAUUCCAAAAUAGGACCUUAAGCUUCAUCUGGACAUUUUACGACGGUAACAAUAAUUAAAAGAUUCAAUAUCAGAAUCAAUGUUUAAACCAAAUGAAUUUCUGCAUACAAAAUUCAAAAUACGUAAACGAGUUCUCACUUUACAAAUUUUUAUUCUAUCAGUAUUUGCUGUAAUCGUCUUCAGAGAAGUGCGAAUUCUCAAUGACGAAAGAAGAGAGCUUGAAGAAACCAAAUUUUUAUGUUUUGCUUGUAGCGAAAAAAAUAAAGCAGUAAAGCUUAAUUCAUCACUUUUGUUACAAAAGCAACAAUCAAAAUGGAUACCAUCAUGGCAAUUACAUCACCCAAAAGCAUCAUGGCUACGAAGCAUCCUCAUUGCUUUAAAUGGUACAAAAACCGUCACGGGACUGUACGAUUUGAAAGCACUCAACUCGUCAAAUUUUAUUUUACCACAUCUUAAAAUGAGUGAAGAUGGACUUAUACCCGCUUUCCAAAUGUCUGGUGGUAGACACUUGGUGGACACGGUUAUAGGAGUGACCACGGUGAGAAGGGACAAAGCAGACUACUUGAUAGAAUCUUUGAAAGAACUCAUACAUGGACUUACGGAGACUGAAAAAAAUAAUACUUUAGUAGUGGUUAUGGUUGGUGAGAUUGAAUUAGAGUACGUUUUGUCUACCGCGAGAAACAUCGAAUCAAAGUUCACGAAAGAAGUGAGAACUGGUCUCAUCGAAGUGAUUUCACCUUCACAAUCGUAUUAUCCGAUUGAGGAUAUCACCGCGACUCUUGGAGAUUCGCUUAAGCGGACUUUGUGGAGAGCGAAGCACAUCCUUGAUUGUGUAUACGUCAUGGCAUAUGGUCACACCAGAGGCAGUUUCUAUUUGAUAAUGGAAGAUGAUGUAGUAGCGAAGAAUGGGUACAUGACGAAAAUGAAGCAAGUCAUAGAAUACACUUCAAGGUAUAAACCGAGAUGGUUGAUACUAGACUUUUGUCAGAAAUUAAAUGGCUUUGGAAAACUAUUGCGAUCUUCGGACGUGGGGCACUUUAUGAAAUAUUUACAACUAUUUUAUUACAAUAUGCCGUUGGAUUUUCUCAUUGAGAGCUAUCUUCAAGAUAAAGCAUGUGGUAUAAGCAAAAAAUCGAAAGGAUGCCAGGAUGCCGUCAAUCAAAUAAGAGUAAAGAGUCCGAUUUAUUUGUUCAGUCAUAUUGGAUUGUUUUCCACGCUUAAAGGGAAAAUUCAAAGAGUGGAGGAAUCUCGUUUUAUAACUGGUCCCACUUAUUACGCUUAUGCCAAUCCUCCACUGAAGCGUAUAAUUUGUAAUAUUGAAUCUAUGCCUGGACACACGAUACAGAUGGCUUACUAUGGAAAGUCAUAUUUCUUGGGGGUGCGACCAGAUUACGGGAGUGUCAUAGAGUUUUGGUUCGAGAAACCUACUAUUAUUAAGAGGUAUAAAUUUCAAAGCGGCAAUUAUCAGCAUAGAGAAUCAAUUUUCUUUAACACUCUCGUGGAAGUGCAAUCCGUCUCCAAGAACUUCUCCGUGGUUGGUGUUUUCGACGAAUUCGGAUUCACGGAAGCUAAUCUCCAUCACUUUGGUCCUCUUACUGCAAUAAGACUACGACUUCUCAAUCCGUUUAGGAGAAAUAUAAUUUUAAGCGAGCCUUGUUUCAGAUUGAGUUGGUGGCAGAAGAAAUAUGAUUUGAGAAAACAUAAUAAAACGAUAUAUUUUUAACUUUGUAACGUUUUUCUUAAUUAUGAUAUAUCUCCUUUUAUGUGUUCUCGAUUAAAUUAUGAUUAUUAUUGAUUAUUAUUUAGACAUGAUUAUUAUUGAUCCAUUUCACUGUCGUUAAUUUUGAAUUAAAAUUGAAUAUGUCAAACGCAUUGUAGUCUUUUGUGCCCACUAGUAAAGUAAUAAAUAUAAAUAGAAUGAAGACAUACUUACGUUUACAUGCACUUGGAUGCUGAUCCAAGUUUAGGUGCA